AGAAGCAAUUUCAAGAUGUUCAGAAUGCUCGGAAUGUAUUCUGUGGUGUUCUUCUUGUUGGUGCUGCAAAUUCGAGGCGAUGUCAGACAGGAAGCACUACAAAACAAAAACAUGUUUGGCGGAGACAUGGCUGGAGGAAUCAAUGUCCCUCGAAUCAGCAACAGUACAGAUGGACCUGUCAUGGCCUUUGUGCCUAACACCGAUUAUAAGCUCUGGACUGGGGGCGUCUUGUACUACGAGUACGACGCAACUGCCACCAGAAAUGAUCAAGUGCUGUCUGCUGCGAUCCAGGAGAUCCACGACAAGACGUGCCUCAGGGUUUAUCCCAGGAAUGGACAAGCAAGCAUCACCAGUUACGUCAGAAUCACCACUACGGAGCCUGGGUGCUGGUCCUACGUUGGGAUGAAGACCACUGGAUCCCAGCAGUUGAACCUGUCUGUUUCAGGGUGCUGGUACGUGGGAACAGUCAUUCACGAGCUUCUGCAUGCCUUUGGCUUCAACCACGAACACCAACGUUAUGACAGAAACACAUAUGUCACCAUCCAGGAAGCCAACGUUGAAGCUGGUGCGUGCUGGUCCUACGUUGGGAUGAAGACCACUGGAUCCCAGCAGUUGAACCUGUCUGUUUCAGGGUGCUGGUACGUGGGAACAGUCAUUCACGAGCUUCUGCAUGCCUUUGGCUUCAACCACGAACACCAACGUUAUGACAGAAACACAUAUGUCACCAUCCAGGAAGCCAACGUUGAAGCUGCUUCAUUGCACAAUUUCGCACUAGUCCCGUUGGCUGAGUCGACGAACGUGGACAACCCCUACGACUUGGACUCCAUCAUGCACUACGGGGCCUACGCGUUCGGCAAGGUGGACGCCACAACCAACUUGAGACUUCAAACCAUCUUUGUGAAAAGUGACCCGGCUCGAAUAAUGAAAGAGCCCUAUGACCUGACCAGCCUUUCAGCGGGAAAUGUGAGAGAAAUACAGGCAGUCUACAAGGCCGAAUGCCCAGCUGUUGGAGGAAAUACUCCGGCUCCUGCUGCCAAAAAGUUGGCACGCCUCCUGCCCGACAUCGUCCAACUUCUCCGUCGUCUUCUCAGUAUCAUGGAGUGAAUCUGCUAAUUUUAACCGAGUUUGUCAUGAUGAGGUUGACCUCAUGAUUGAAAUAUGCAGAGAAAUGGAAAGGAAAAAAUGCUCUGUAAGAGGAA